AUGUACAACAAACAUGAUCCUCCCCCUCGAACCCAAACUAGUGAAACCGUGGUCUUAUCGUCUUCGGGUUCAGAGAAAGUCGAUUACUUUGAUGGGGUGUUCUGUUACUUGAACAAAAUGCUCAUGGAAGAAGAUGAUCUAACCAAUAAGCCUUGCAUGUUCAUCGACAGCUUGGCUCUCCAAGCUACAGAAAGAUCGUUUUAUGAUGUUCUUGUGUAUAAUCCUCCAGAAACCGAGCCAUUAGAGAUUUAUGAUUCUGCAGUUCUUUGUGACGAUUUCAACCGUCUAUCUAUACAGUACAAGUCACGUUCGAGUUCUUUGCCUGGGUUGAUCACCGAUGGUAAGCCGGUGAAAAAACGAAGAAAAAAGGUGGUGGAAAUGGUGGAUCCGACAGAACUAUUAAUGCAAUGUGGGGAAGCAAUGGCUAAUGGUGAUACAACAGAAACUGUUCAACUCCUGAAGAUGAUACGGAAAGACUCCUCUCCUCUCGGAAAUUCCUCAAGGAGAAUGGCGCAUUACUUUGCAAACGCCAUCGAGGCACGCUUAUGUGGCACGGGACCAGAACUAUACCGAGCUUUCUCGUCCACAUCAGCGGCCCAAAUCUUGAAAUCUUACAAGGCAUACAUCACGGCAUGCCCGUUCCAUAGGAUGUCGAACAUAUUUGCAAACAAGUCGAUCGCAAAGCUAGCGAACACUACAAAUAAGCUACACAUCAUCGACUUCGGUAUCUUGUACGGGUUCCAAUGGCCUUGUAUUAUACAGGGUCUCUCUCUGAGACCCGGUGGACCUCCUAAGUUACGCAUCACGGGAAUUGAUCUACCACAACCUGGUCUUCGACCCUCACAGCGGGUCGAAGAAACAGGCCGUCGGCUGAUCAAAUACGCCAAGAGAUUCAACGUCCCUUUUGAGUACCGUGCGAUUGCUAAAACUUGGGAAAAUGUUAAAAUCGAGGAUUUGGAUAUUGAUCCCGAGGAGAUGCUUGUGGUGAAUAGCGUGUACCGAAUGAGGAAUGUGCUUGAUGAGACAGUGGUGGAAAAUCGACCGAGGGACUCGGUGCUUAAAUUUAUCCGGAAGUUAAAACCGGAUAUGUUUGUACACGGUGUCCUGAAUGGGACAUAUAAUGCAACAUAUUUUCAUACGAGGUUUCGACAAGCGGUUUUACACUUCACGACACUUUUUGAUAUGUUUGAGGCGACUGUAGAGCAUGAUGAUGAGGAUCGAAAGUUGUUUGAGCGAGAUGUUUUUGGGAGGGAUAUAAUGAAUGUGGUGGCGUGUGAGGGAAGGAGUCGGGUGGAGAGGCCGGAAAUGUAUCGGAAAUGGGAAAUGAGGAACUUGAAAGCCGGGUUUGUGCAGUUGGAAUUGGAUUCGGAUAUUUUGAAUGAAGUAAGGGCAAAAGUAGAGAGACAAUAUCAUAAAGAUUUUGUUGUCCAUGAAGAUAAUAAUUGGAUGUUGCAAGGUUGGAAGGGCCGAGUUCUUUAUGCACUCUCCUUAUGGAAGCCCGGGAAUUGUUCUUAG